CGGGUGAUUGGUUUUCAUUGUUCUUUUGUUGUAACAUUUAUGAUUUAUUUGCUCUUAAAGGAAAUUAACAACAAACUUGUUGAAGAAAGGUGAGAUGAAUUUAACGGUUUAUUUAUUUGUUCUUCUUUCAUUUUUCAGUAUCUAUACAAGCGGGUUUUUAAAAUUAGUAACAAAAUUAAUCCAGGAACCUGAUCUUGCACGCCAAGGUUGAAACACAACGGAGAUGGUAUUGUGGUGUUGUAAUCAUAAGGUCUCAUGUUUGAGUCCCAACUCCGAUGCACUUUAAAUGCAGUGUUGUCAGUCCAUCUUAACUCGACUAUUGACUGUGAACCGGCUUGUGUGUUAGGCAAGCAAGUUAGAGCCAUCUUCUACGAUCUCUAGCGGUAAUGCAACUUAGUUACAGUCGAAGGAGAGAAAGAGCAAGCCGUAAUGAUGCAAUUCCAAAUGACGUUAAAGCUUUGUUACUUGCUCAUUUUAUUUGCUUUUAGAGCAAUAUAAUGGUUGACUAUUUAUAUGUUGUUGAUGUGGUGUAUUGCUUUAGAAAACUCCAUAUUGUCAUUACAUUCUGCAUAUCACAAAAUUUUCUUGUCUCUUUUUUUCCUGAAUUAAUCUUGACGUUCUGAAAUUCCAUAUAUAAACUACAUUUAAAGAAAACGAUUAUUUCUCGUUUGUCAUGUGCCAACCUGAAUUAAAUAUAAUUUGUUUAAAGUAAUUAAUUAUAAACGCUCAAGAUUAUUUGUAGAUCAAAUACAAUGCUUAUUUUUUUGUCAUUAAAAUAUUUUGCAAAUCAGUUAGUAAAUCUCUCAAACAUACGAUUGCACGCAUCGACGGAUUUUAAAAGUUUAAUUAAUGUCUACGAAUAUUAUUAUUGAUCGAUAUACAGCUACCUAAAUUAAACAAAUUAGUUAACAAAUAUUGAUCACUUGAAACUCAAACAUAAAUUUAAAAGGGAGAUCGCAAUUAAAUAUACUAUAUAUUCAAAAUUUUUAAGCUUUUUCCGAGUAAACUUUGCUGAUGAUGGAUGAAUCAACGUCGAAACAAACAAGAUCUUGUGUUGGUCCACAUUUUAUUAAGGAGUUAAUUCCCGCAAAAUUAGCAUACAUUGGUAUGUACGGGACUAUGGGAUGUGUGUUGCCAUAUUUUAAUGCUUUCUUAGUAUCUGUUGGUUUAACAGUCACUCAAAGUGGACUUAUAACUGGAUUGCGCACCAUAGCAUCUCUCAUUGGAGCCCCUUUUAUUGCAAUAAUUAUUGAUCACAGUGACCACAAAAGAUUUAUUGUUCCCAGUAUGCUUAUAAUUCAUAUCGCUGUGACAUUCCCAGUACCAUGGAUUGCAAAAAGUAUCAUUGGUGAUGACGAAGAUUUAGCAAGUGACGAAAAGUCUAAAUUGUUUUACGUAAUGUUAACGAUGGCCUCUUUGAUUGCGGUGUUUGGCCUUUCCAUCGUCGGCUUCAUAGACGCCAAUGUGAUGGUACUAGUGAAAAAGUAUAAAAAUAAAACUACUUUCGGCUAUCAAAGAGUUUUUGGUCCAGUCGGUUUUGCUGCAUCGUCUUUUUUUGCUGGAUUUGUUUCAGAUCAAUAUCAAAUAGAGGGUAUGUCGAAAUACACGGCAGCUUUUAUUAUGUACCUUCCGUUUAUCAUUUUGCUAUUUAUUUCGUUUAUUUUUCUUACUCGUUCUUCUGAGAGCGCAGGUCGUACCAUGUUUAAGCCGAAAUCUCAAACUAUUUCAUCUGAAAGGGAUGGAAAAAAUCAAUACACUAAGAAUAUUAAAUUGCCAUCAACUGUUUCCAUUAAGGACGAACCUACCAAUAAUAUAAAAUCAGUAAAAGAGAAUAAAAGUGAGCAAAACAGAUCAGUUGGAAGAAGCACAUUCAACACAUGCCGCCAACAUAAAGUUAUGUUCUUUAUCACCAUCAUGGCUCAUAUGGGCAUCAAUUAUUCCUUAAUCAAUGGAUUUCAAGCAAUUUUUAUGGAAAAAGAGUUAGGAACAACAAAAACCAUCAUUGGUGUAGCUUCGGCAUUGUCACCAGUAUCUGAAAUAUUAGCAUUUCCUGUUUCAGCAAAGCUAAUAAAGUUAUGUGGUGGUAUCUAUCCAAGUUUUAUUAUUGCUACAUUCUCAUAUUGCUUGCGAUUUUUAUCGAUGUCUUUUGUUGAAGAACCUUAUCUGAUGGUACCUAUCCAACUCUUCCAGUUUUUUGGGUUUGCAAUAUUUUGGGCAGCAGCUGUGGAAUACACAAACAAGAUAAGUCCCAUAAAAAUUUCUGUGACAAUGUUUACUAUUGUCACCAGCGUAUAUUACAGUUUAGGAAACAUUGUUGGAAAUAUUGUUGGAGGAGUUAUUUAUGAUAAGUGCGGUGGUAGAUGGUUAUUUAGAGCGUCAUCAAUUAAUUGUGGCUUUAUGACUGGUUUAAUUGUUUUGUAUUUUUUCCUGUAUGAAAAAAGAAGCAAAGAACAAAUCGAAGGGGUGUAUGUUAACAAACAUGGAAGCGAAGAAGACACAGUUGGAAGAAAAAAAUAAAUAAUUGGUUGACAAUUUCCAGGGGAAUUUUUAUGUUUAAUUUAGGAAAGAACUUUUCGAUUGCUACAUUUAAAUUUUGAUUACAUUCUUAUAGCACAAUAUGCAAAAUUACUAGUUGAUGCCAAACCGCCUGUAGUGAAUUCUAACCCCAACAAAUAUUUCGUAGAACAGGAAUUUUUUUUGCAAUCAAUCGUUGGCAAGUUUAUUGCUACUACACAGGAAAAAAAUUCUAAAGUUUAAAUUUUAUUUAACUUUAAGUUUUCUGCAAAAUAAAGAUUUUUAGCCAAUCAAAUUUGCACCUUUUGUAUUCUUUUGUUACUUUCUCUGUCCUUUGAAGACAGGAAAAAUAUAACAAAAGAAUACAAAGUGUGAUAACAUGUCAAAUUGAAAAAUGUUUUUGUUCUGUUCUAGUUUUUGUUUAAGUUUCUGUCCCUAGUUGUGAGCUUAUUCAAGGAAAGGGCUUACCGAAUCGAGAAAUAUGGUGCCUGCAGAGCAUGUUAAAUCAUUUUUUAUCUCAUAUAUGCAGGAGAUAUGAGAGGAGGAGGGUUUUAAUUUGGUUGAAGUCAAUUUUGCGAUUUUCUUUAAAAUAAUGCGAUGGUGAAGUAUUGGUGGUGCAAAUUAAAUAUUGCUAUAAAAAGUUGAACCAUUGUCAAUGAAAAACAAUACAUGGAUACAAUGGGGACGUAAAUGAUUGUGGUGAAACGAAGCAGUAAAUUUAAAAACACCUAAAAAACGACGAAAUGCAGCCUACAUUAAUUUAACAAUUGUGACUCACUUCGAAUAUAGGACAAAGUUAUACUGAAAUUCGUGCAGGUUUUAAAUACAACGAAAGAUAAAAAAAAUUAAAGAAAAACAAAAUUAAGAAUAAAGAUUGUCUUGUUUUAUAUUUAGACCAAAUCAUGUUUUGUUAAUACUCUCACUUCUACCUUGACUAGCAGCAGAAUUUACAGAAUCGAACACAUGAAGAUUUUUUCGUGAUUUUAAUUAAACCGGGAUUUUUUAACUCUAAUUUCUUAACUUUGCUAUACUAAACAUUUCCUCCAGGGCUGUAGGAUUGGAGCAUUUUUUUCCUCAUUUUAUAUUACUUGGAAAACGCCAGACUCUCCUCCAGCUUGAAUGCAUCUUUUUAAGUUGCACGCUUCAUUUUCUCUCAUAGUCUUCUAUGGAUGGACAACAUCUGUUACAGUGCUUCUUGUGGCUUAGGCUAAGAAGUUAAAAAUAGAGUAUGGUCUGUUAGACGUCCCUGUAGUUGAGGUUCAUCUUUUCCCUCAUUCAGACAAUCUAGAAAC